AGUAGGCUUUACAUAAAUCGAAACUCAAAUAAGAAUUACGCACAUAUGGUAGACUACGCACACAUGAUAGACAAAAGUAAAUGUAACUAUCACAAAUAACACUACAGUCAAAGGGGUGCAGCUACUCCAAUCUUACAUUCAAUACACAUGUUUUUCCAAUAAAAAAGCUUAAUUCAUGAACACAGUCGUUACAAUUUUUUUCAAAUUUAAGUUGAUGAAAAAUGUCGCCUUUUGAGUGGUAACGAGCUUAAAAGUGACGAUGCACAAUAUUCACCGCAUAUAAAUCGCACACCCGACAUCGAACGAAUUAGUGCUCUGUGAGCUAAAAUAUAAACGAUAACGUUAUAUCUAAAAAUAAUGCUUGCUUAAGUGUAUUAUGAAUUGAAAAUUAAAGUUCGAAAUCUAUAUUAACUCUUUUAAACGUGAAAAAAAUGGACACAUCGGACUUUAUAAUGUACAUUUAUUUAUCCGCCGGACUUAUAACAAGACAAACUGCUGAUCAUCUUCAAAAGAGAAAAUGGAUAAUCAAGACCCCUUUAAUUCUCUUCCUUCUGUGUUGUUUGAGAACAAUAACAAUAUCGCAAAUAGCAACACAGAGGACAUGAACACGCCAGUGGCAGAUCCAAAGCAAGCAAAUGAGAUUAUAGAAAAUCAACUUGAUUCGAUUUACACUGAUGGGUUUUCAAGCAGUAUGUUUAUACCAUCUACAUUUCUUUCGGACAAUGGUCAUAUUGAACUGAGCACACAAAGUCGAACGCCCUAUACUGCAUCACACGACAAAACAGUGACAGAACCAUGUGUAGUUCCUGAUGACCCAACGGCUGAUCACCAAAUCAAUGCAACAUCAGCUUCUGAUGAAGAAAAUGGACAGCCACAGUCAAGUUCUGGCUCAGUCGCCUAUUAUACCGAGAGUCUGAGUUCCGAGGAAUCGCAAGAAGAGGAAAUAGACGAAAAUGGCGACACCCCACUACACAAAGCCAUAAUUGACGGUGUCACGUUUGUGGACAUGGGUGAGAUACCAGCUCAGUAUAUCAAUCACCAGAACUACCUGCGACAGACACCUCUGAAUCUUGCUGUGCUGACAAAUAAUCCCGAAAAUGUCAAGUUGCUGCUUAAAUGCAAUGCAGACCCAAAUAUACUAGAUUCGAAGCUGAGAUCUCCUGUUCAUAUAGCCUGUUCAAAAGAAAAUGUCCCGUGUCUGAAGGCUUUGCUUGAUUCGCAACACAAACGACCCAAUCAAAUGCUACGUACCCAUGACAGUGAAGGGCAAAAUUGCCUUCACAUCGUUGUUAACAACAAAAACGCGGAACUAGCAAAGGUUCUGUUAGACCGAGGGGCAGACAUCAACGCCGCUGAUAGGAAAAGUGGCCGUACUGCUUUACAUUUUGCGGUGGAAACUGGAAAUACCGAAAUGAUAAGGUUCCUGCUUCAGUACCUGGAAAACAAUGGGGGACUCCAAUUGGAUGCGCGGACGUACGCUGGUGAAACGCCGUUGAAGCUAGCUCACGGUAGAGGAAAUACAGAUGUCGUUGCAAUCCUCGAACCAUUGUACCCGGCUUCAGAAAGACGGAACCCAUAUGAUGAUUCCGACGACGAUGAUAGUGGUGACGAAACAAACUAGGAGUUUCAAAAUGUUUUGAUAAAAAGCAUGAUAUCAAACAUUAAGACUCGGUACACACUUGUUUACACCUCUGGAUGAUAUUGCUAGCUACAUGGACUUGAUAAUGAUACAAUAUUGUUGAAAUACCUUCGACGAUGUAUCAGAACACAAUAUGCGUAUUCAUUUCUUCUUUAGAUUGUAUGUGAUUAUUUAACUGUUUGCAUUAUAUGGCCCAUUAAAUAAAAUGCAAAAGAAGACAUAUGCGAAACAUUAUACAUUAAAAUCACUAAACAUUAAGAGUGGUUGUCUCGAACAUUGGAAAGGGAAAGGAAAUUCCAUAAAUGUUGACAUUUGUUCCGAAUAUCGUGGACAAUAAACAUUAUACACGUCAAAAGUGAGAAAGGAUCUACAACCCACGACAUGGUAGUUUGCGAUCAUGAUAUAUGGUUGAAGAUUGUUGACAAACUAUACCUGCGUAGGAAACUUUUCAAUCUUUAUAAUUAGCGUGUUUUUGUUUUCAGUUUGUACCUGUCCUAAUUUAGGUAUGUUGGAUUGCGUUUGUAAAUGCGAUUGCUGAAGAUUUACAAUUUUGCAAAUUAAGUAGUUUUCCGGAUGGAAUCUGCGCUUCAUAUUGAGUUUGAGGAUAAAAAAAUAUACAGCUAAGAGUAUGUAGAUAGACCGCGCUCUGUGAAAAAGGGGUUUAAAGCAUAUGCGUUAAGUGUCGUCUCAGAUUAGCCUGUGUAGUUCGCACAGGCUAAUCAGUGCAGACUCUUUCCGCUUUUAUGAUAUUUUUCGUCGUAAGAAAGUUUCUUUUUCGCAAAAAUCAAGUUUUUGCACAGGGUUAUCUGGGAUCUGGCACGACACUUUACGCACAUGCAUUAAACCCCCUUUUCACAGAGCGCGGCCCAUAUGUAUUGGAAACGGGUCAAGUUGUAUACUGUAUAUAGUAUUGUUAUCAAGAAAAAGGCAUUUGUUGUUAUUAUAAAAUAUAUAUAAUAAGAAUUUGAAUAUUUAACCAAUAACCGAAUAUUUUUAUAAA